UUUUUUCUUCCCAAUUAACUAUUCCUCCUCCUAUUCUAUUGAUUGGUUAAUGAUGAAAAGCAACACCUUUUGAUUUCUUUCAAUUUCCCUUUUCUUUCUUCGCUGUUUCUGUAACUCUACGCUCCACACUACUGUCUCUUUUAGCCCUUCCUAGCCUUCCUCCUUCCCCUUUAUAGCCCGUUUCAUCAUCCCCAGCCUUUCACUGUCACAUACCCCAAUUCUCUCUCACCCCUUUCCUGAUUAUUCUCCUAAGUAUAUACUGCCCAAUUCUUAUGAAGAGGUUCAGUUUUUGUGAUUCUUCUGUCAGCUUGCUUUAUCCCCCUCAAGAAAAGGAGAUGGUUUACAGCAGUGAAUUUCAGGCAAUGUUGGAUGGAUUGGAGGAAGAUGACUGCCUGGAAGAGAGUGGGGGAAUGAAUGGGAAGAAGAGGAGGCUAAGUGUGGAACAGGUUCAUGCACUGGAGAAAGUGUUUGAAGUUGACAACAAGCUUGAACCGGACCGGAAGGUGAAGAUCGCCAGAGAUUUGGGUCUGCAGCCGAGACAGGUGGCAAUUUGGUUCCAGAACCGCCGUGCCCGUUACAAGACCAAGCAGCUGGAGAGAGAUUUCAAUCUUCUCAAAGCCAAUUAUGAAACUCUUCAGAUUGAUUACAAGAAAGUUGAACAGCAAAAUGAAGACCUAAUUGCAGAGCUUAAAGGGCUAAGAGAGAAGCUUCUUGUUGUGGAAGAAAACAAUCACUCGGCCGGAGAGGAUUCUUGCCUGCUGGCGAGCCAUAACCACCACGACCACGACUAUCUGGCUCCGAGAAACAGCGGAGACGGGUCAUCGGACAGUGAUUCAAGUGGAGGGCUGAACAACAAUAAUGAAAUUCUACUAGACAAUAGUUACAGCAGCUUCAACUUGCAGCAGCCAUUAAUGACCAAAAGCUCCUCAAUUUACCUGCAGCCUCAGUUUGUGAGGAUGGAGGCAGAUCAAAUUGGCAGUUUAUUUACAGAGGAAUCUUGCAAUAUAUUCUCUCUUGAUCAGCCUCCUAACCUUUAUUGGUACUGUGGCGAUUACAGAAACCAGUAGAGAUUAUGUAGAUUGAUGGAUCAAUGGUAUCAUAGACGGAGUAAUUGUGAUCGAAUUUGUUAAUUAUUCCACAUGCAUGGAUGAUGAUGAUGGGAAUAAAUAUUUCAAGUGUACACAACUUCAAGUACUUCAAUUCAACCCUAAC